AUGGUACCAAACGACGACAACACCACCACCAACAAAACGCCUCUCUCCCAAAUUCGCGACGGUGGUCGGCAAAAAACGCUCAAAUCUUUCUUUUCCACGACGACGACUGUCAGUUCCUCGAACAAGAAAAAGAAGAGCGAUGAUGCGAUGAAGAUGAUUCAAAAGACUUUAGGGGAGAAAGAGGAUUCAAAAUUAUCGCACGGGGACGAUGAGAACAGGAAACCAACGCAUAUUUCGUCGUCGUUCUCCGGGGAAAAGGAGAACGCGAAAGAAGAAAAGGAGUCCAUCGGAAUCGUCUUUGCAAAGGAAAAGGAAAAGGUGCAGGCAAUCGCUGCUGAUGACGAUGCGAAGCAAGUAACAAAAGGAGGUGAUGUUUCCAAGAAAAAUGGUGCCCAGAAUGCACCUUCUUUGGCGAGCGUAAGCGAGGAGAGGAAAGGCGUCGAGAUGAUCGCGGAAGCCACGAGAGCGACGGGGAGAACCACAUCGACGGUAAAAGAGAACGAGAGAACAGAGGAAAAGAUGGACGUGGACGUAGAUUUCGAAGAAGAGGAGGAGGAGGAAAAUCCAAUUUCCUUCGCGCGAAGGAACAAGCGCAAGCGGUCGAACGCCGCGUCGUCGAUCGCGAAACGACCGACCCGGGCGACGAGGCGGGAAGAGGAAGAGGCGAAGAGGAAGAGGAAGAAAACGGUGAUUAUGGAUUCGAGCGAUGAUGACGAGAACGAAGAGGAGGAAGGAGGAAGCGAAUCGGACUUUGCACCGGAAGAGUCCGAGGAUGGCGACGACGACGACGACGACUUCGAAGAAGAAGACUCGCCGGUGGCAAACAAAAAGACGAAGAAAAAGCCUCCGUCGGCGCAAGCUUCGAAAGCGUCCGCGACGGUAGCGCCGAUAAAGCAACGCGCGUCACCGCCGAAACAACAACCGUCCUCGUCGCAGCAACAAAACGGACUCCAAGCGGACCAAAUAUCAAAGUUUGACGAACGAGAGCGUCGUUUGUUUUCCUUCAUGUUCCCUCCGAAACUGAAGGAUCAAAACGGAAACCUUUUCGACAGCCCAAAAUACGAUCCAACCACGUUGUUACUCCCGAAAACCUUCCCGAAGAGCUUUCCGAGCACGGAUGGCUCUCAGCAUAAAAUCUCUCCGGGACAGCAACAGUGGUGGCAGUUCAAAGCCACGCACUUUGAUGCCGUUUUAUUGUUCAAGAUGGGCAAAUUUUACGAAAUGUACGAGAUGGACGCGCACGUCGGCGUGAAAGAACUCGGAUUGAUUUACAUGAAAGGAGAACAACCACACGCGGGUUUCCCGGAAAAGAACUACCAGAAGAAUGCCGAAACAUUGGCGAGAAACGGGCACAAAGUGGUCACGAUUGAGCAAACAGAAACGCCCGCCAUGCUCGCGGAGAGGAAAAAGAAAGACUCGAGAUGCAAAGAUACGGUGGUGAAACGCGAGAAGAUUGCGGUGGUGACGAGAGGGACGAUGAUUGAUCGCGUGAUGGUAGAAAGUUGUCCGGAUGCGUCUCACGUGUUGGCAAUUUCAGAGUUUCGAAAGAAUGAAGAUGGGGCUAUGCAUUUUGGCGUCUGCGCGGCAGAAUGUGCGGCGGGGAAGUUUGUUCUCGGCGCGUAUAAGGUCGUGCCAGGAAGCGGCGACGAAGAAACCCUGUCGAGUUUACGAACGACGUUGUGCGAGCUGAACCCGGUGGAAAUUAUUUUUAGAAGGGGCGAGACGGAUGCUAAAGAGUUCCCUGGACCGGCCGUGGCGGCGGCGCUCAGAGAUUGCGUGCCAAAUGCACACAUUCGAUACGUGUGUUCGUCUUCGAUGACGUCCUCAAAAGGCGUAAGAGAGGAAGUUGAAAAACAAGGCUAUUUUAAACCACUCGCGGCGUACCCGGAUGUUAUUGAAACUUUUUUUGGCAACGCAAGUAAUAUUAAUGCCGAAGCUGCGCUCGUAGCUUUCGGCACGUGUCUGCUCUACUUGAACGAUAAUUUGGUCGCACACGAUGUUGUGCCCUACGGAAAAUACGAAACCAUCGCCAACGACGAGACGUUUUUCGGGGUCGAAGGAAGUGUUGUGAAUUCUUCCGCACCGCCUUCGCCAUCCGCCAUGGAACAAGAAGCGACAACGACAUCGGCUGCGACUACGAAAAGGUUACAAUACCAACACGCGUUCAUGCGCCUGGACGCUGCUGCUUUGUCCGGUCUCGAGAUUCUAGAAAACACUGAAGGCGGGAGAUCGGGAAGUUUGUUAGAGCUCGUCUCCCGAGCGGCAUCUGCACCAGGCACGCGCGUCCUCCGAAUGCAAUGUUGUCGCCCAUCGUGCGACGCGUCAGUGAUUCGAUCGAAGCAAAAGGCAAUAGACGCGUUGCGCUCGAACGACUCCGUCGAUACGUUUCAAAAAAUUCGAGCGCUGUUGAAAGCGAGUCCAGAUUACGAGCGGUGCGUGGCGAGAUGCGUCGGCAGCGGGGAUUCAAACAGAAACGCCGAUCGCGUCGUUUUGUACGAAGACAUGCGCAAAGCAAAGUUGAAUGACUUUUUAGCGGCUUUAGAAAGCGUUCGCGCGGUCCGCGAUGUCGCCGAGGAGAUCUCGAGCAACGAGCACGUGUUGGAAAAAUCAAAUUUGCUCAGAGCUUUAGUCACCGGCGAAAAAACAAACGCCGACGAAGAAGAUUACUGCGGAGACCUCUUCUUCCCGAAAGACGAAAUUAUUAAAGGUUUGCGCGAGUUUGAAACCGCCUUUGAUUGGGUGAAAGCGAAAGAAUGCGGCCGCAUCGAACCAGCCGCUGGUGUAGACGCCGCCGUGGACGCCGCGGACGAAGCCAUCCGACAAGCAGAUGCAAAGUUGGAAAACUGGCUCGACGAAGCGAGAGCGUUGUUGCAGUGUCAAAAAUCCGAGCUACAAUUCGUCACCGUCAUGCGCGACACGCACAUUAUUGAAAUCCCAGAUCGAUUAUCUCGACGGGUUCCAGAAAUGUGGACGAGAGAAGGUAAGCGAAAAGGGUUUGAGCGAUUCUCGUGCGAGACGGUUGAUCCCUUGAGAGAGGCGCGCGCGAACGCGAUGGAGGCAAAAGAAACCGCCAUGGAAGGCGUGAUGAAAGGUUUAAUCUUAAAAUUCCGCGCAAACUGGCGCGAGUGGCGUUUGGCGACGGAGUGCAUCGCCGAAGUCGACGCGCUCGGCGCGCUCGCGGUGGUUUCGGAUGAGUUCGCUUUGCUCGGCGAAGGCCACGCGGUGAAACCGAACGUCUCGCCUUUUCCCGGGGAUGGUAAGAGCGCAUUCCUCGAGUGCGACGUUUUGACACACCCGUGUGCAUCUCUCUUAAACAAGCAGUUCGUUCCAAACGAUUGUCACUUUUCCGCGGAUAAAAACUUCCUCCUUCUCUCCGGUGCGAACAUGGGUGGAAAAUCCACGUAUCUCCGACAAAUCUGCGUAGCCACCAUCCUCGCGCACAUGGGCUCGUCGGUCCCCGCGAAGACUUUCAACCUCUCCGCAUGCGACGCCAUUUUCGUUCGCAUGGGCGCGAGAGACGACUUGCGCUCUGGAUUUUCCACGUUUGCGGUGGAAAUGUCCGAAAUCGCGAAGCCGUUGCGCGAAGCUACGAAAAAUUCCUUGGUGUGUGUCGAUGAACUCGGUCGAGGCACGUCCACCACCGACGGCUGCGCCAUCGCUUUAAGUUGCGGCAAACACUUGAUGUUGCGAAACAAAUCCCGCACGCUCUUCAGCACGCACUACCACAAACUCGCGGAUUACUUCGCGUUCGCCUCUAGCGCGAUAUUAAAACACGUCGAAGCGCUCGUCGACUCCACUCGAGUCCCGCCCCGAGUCGCGUUCACGCACAAAGUCGUCUCCGGUUCGUGCCCGAAAUCCCACGGCGUCAACGUCGCUCGCUUAGCCGGUUUACCCGAAACAGUUUUACAAACCGCCUCCGCAGUCGCGUCCAGAGCGGAAAAGUCGGACGAAGAAAACGCGUUCCAAGGUGGUAAAGAGUGUUCCAUCGGCGCUCGAGCGGGAGUUCAGUAUUUGUUCUCCCGCUUUCGAGAAGAGAAGGCGUUGUUUUUCGCCGACGACGAAAAGUCGGGAAUAUCGAGCGCGAUCGAGACAGUUCGCGAAGCUUUGUUCCUCACUCACGAAUAG